AUGACAACGGCUUCAGAGCUGCUGUCUGAUGACGCACGGGCUCGAUUCUCACAUACAAAAGCCCUUUUCGAACAAUUGGAACGACAACAAGAUGUUCCAUCAUUCUACUCCCCACGUCUUCAACGUCAACCACCACCUCCUUUGCCUCCAAAACCUCCAUCACAAUGUCCACCGAGCCCAAUGUCGCAGGUCGAAAGAAAUUUCUCCGAAUUGGCAGCAGAUCUGGAUCGAAUCCAGUCGUCACCAGCCACUUCCAGGUUCAUACAGAAUAAGUCUUCAACUCUUCCGUCUUAUUAUUCCGAUUCUCAAUAUUCUUUCGAGAAUACUGUAGCCACGUCGCAAUACGGAAUUCCACAUAACAACAACAACAAUUCAUUUGAACCGUAUUGGAGGAAUGGAUCCAUAUAUCGAAGACAGUUCGAUAAACCUUUUGGAGAAGAAAACGAAGCAAAUAUUGGAAUUGCGAAUGGUGUGAAGCAUACAACGUACGCAGUCGUGAAGACACCGAAAGAAGCUGAAAGUGAGACAACUUCUGAAAAUAAAGGAUUAAUGGAAACGAGACGUGGAUUGAGUCCGGAACGACCAGAUGCAGAUAUAACAAACCGAAGAAAGGUCUCGUUCAGCACUGCACCGAUUCCGGUCUUCUCCGCGUUUUCCGUCGAAGACUAUGAUCGGAAGAAUGAAGAUAUUGAUCCGGUGGCAAGUUGUGCUGAAUAUGAAUUAGAAAGAAGACUUGAGAGAAUGGAUCUUUUUGAAGUUGACUUAGAGAAAGGAGCUGAAGGUCUUGGAGUCUCUAUUAUUGGAAUGGGUGUUGGAGCUGAUUCGGGUCUCGAGAAACUCGGGAUCUUCGUGAAAAGUAUCACUCCCGGAGGAGCUGUACAUCGUGACGGUCGUAUUCGUGUUUGUGAUCAAAUUGUUUCCGUUGAUGGAAAGAGUUUGGUUGGCGUAUCUCAACUGUACGCAGCAAAUACUUUGAGAUCAACGAGUAAUAGUGUUACUUUCACUAUUGGAAGAGAACAGAAUCUUGAAGAGUCAGAAGUGGCUCAACUAAUUCAACAAAGUCUCGAACAAGAUCGUAUGAGAAUGAUGGGAGAUGAAGAAGAUGAGAUUGAGGAACCUCCUCCACCACCAUCACAAAUGCCACAAAUGUCUCAGAUGUCUCAAAUGACGUCUUCUGAACAAGAUAGAUCCACUUCGUCGAUGAUUUCAAAAGAAGAAGCGGAAAUUCGUUCGAAGAUAGCAGCUCUUGAAUUGGAACUUGAUGUAACUCACAAGAAAGCAGAGCACUACCAUGAAGUAUUGAGUUCAACGAAGUCUCAUUGUGAUCAAUUGGAAAAACAGAAUGAACAAGCAAAUCAUAUGAUAAAGAAUUAUCAAGAAAGAGAAAAAGAAUUGCUGAAUCGAGAAGAGAAUCACGUUGAACAAUUGAGAGAUAAAGACGUACAUUAUGCAUCACUGGUACGUCAACUGAAGGAAAGAAUUGAUGAAUUGGAGUCAAAAUUAGAAGAAGCUGAAGAAAGAAGACAUUCAAUUCAAAAUUUGGAAUUGAUUGAAUUAAGAGAGAAACUGAAGGAAAAGAUUGAGAAUCGAAAUGAAGGGUUGGCUUAUAAACCAGGCGGAGAACUUCCACAUGAGGAUAAAGCAGUUAUGGCUAAUUUGGAAACAAUCACGACAACAAACAAAAAAGAUGCUGAAGUUUCAGUGGGAAGUAGUUGGACAGAAGAGUAUUCAUCUCCAUGUGAAUCUCCAGUUCCAAGAAUCUCCGAACCUGCGUCACCAGCUCUUCCUCAUAAACUGACACAUCGUAAACUUCUAUUUCCACUCAGAAAGAAGUACGCAGAGAACGAAUUCUGGCGUGCCACGUGUCAACCAGUGGGACUUCAAGCACUUCAUUGGACAGUUGAUGAUGUAUGUCAGUUGCUUGUUUCAAUGGGAUUGGAUAAAUAUGUGCCCGAGUUCACAAUUAAUAAGAUCGAUGGUGCCAAAUUCCUGGAGUUGGAUGGAAAUAAACUGAAGGCAAUGGGAAUCCAAAAUCACUCGGAUCUCGAUGCACCACCAAAAAAUGUGAUAUAUUUCCUGACACUUCCCCUCACUAACAAGUUUAUCCUCAUCAGUUUGGCCAAUAAAGUCAUGAAUCGUUAG